AUGGAAUCGCUUGCUACAGACAUCAGGGCGAUUUCCACACGAGUCCUUGACUUCAACAACAGCGAAUAUGCGUCCCUGAUUACGCCUGUUCUCGUUACUCUCAUACUGCCUGCGGCACUGUGGUUCUUGACGCGGAAGAAAGAUGCUUCCUCCAACGAGCCUCCCGUCGCGCCGUAUUGGAUUCCCUAUGUCGGGCAUCUCCUGGAUUUUUUGCGGGAUCCGGGAGGUCUCGUGCGAUCUCUCAAGAAGAAGUACCCAAAUUCACCGUUCACGCUGAUCAUGAUGGGCACCAAAUUUCACGUCUUCAGCUCUCCGGAGGCAGUGUCGACCGUGUUCAGUCGCUCGCGCGAUUACCUCUUCCACCCCGUCGUCGCAUCCAUGAUGAAGAACGGCAUUGCGCUGCCGGAGGCCGACCAGCCCAAGUUCGAGGUGCCCAUCGCCGAGUUCUCCAGCGACCAGAAGGACUCGAGAGCGUUCGUCGAGGCGAACCACGCCGUGUACGUCAAGUACCUCAGCGGACGCUACGUAGACGCGACGAUGGAGGUCUACAGCCGUCACUUCUCUGACGUGCUGAAGCAGCUUUUGCCGGAUUCGAGCCAACCGGCCGGGAAGGUGAUUCACUUGCACGAGGAGAUGCAGAAACUGGUGUUCUUCACCUCUCUAUCCACCUUCUUCGGGAAGAGGCUGCAGCCGGUGUAUCCCGAGAUCUGGGAGGACUACAAGCUCGUCAACAACGCGCUGUAUGUGGGCGUCCGGUCCAACCUCGCGUUUACGCUGCAGCCACGGGCGCAGAAAGCACGCAGCCGGCUCCUGGCGGCCUUUGACCGAUGGGUCGAUACCGAAUUGGACGAUUGGGAUGAGAAGGACGGCAUCUGGAAUGAGAAAUGGGGGCUGCGGUUGAAUUGGGAGAGAGAAGCGCUCCUCCGCCAGCAUGGCUUCAGUUUGCGAGGGCGAUCGUGCUCGCAAGCGUCGUUUCUGUGGGUGAUUUGGAGAUCGAACGCUCAUGCAUGCAGUAUAAUCACCAACGCCGCGCCCAUGACGACAUGGCUCUUGAUCAACAUCAUCCAGUCGCCUUCCCUGCUGGAACGGUUCCGCGCCGAAUGCCAACAGGCUCGUCUCUCCGAUCCAUCGGACCCCAGCAGCGUCCGAUUCGACAUGGCGCAGCUGAAAUCCAGCCCCUUCGUGCAAGGGGUGUGGAAGGAGGCAUUGCGCCUGGGCUCCGCCAGCGCUGCAGCCCGGGUCCUUGCCCGGGACGUCGAGCUGCAGGGCUACACGCUCAAGCGAGGCAGCGUGGUUCUCCUGCCGGUGCAGCUGCUGCACUUCGAUCCGGACGUGUUCGACGACCCCCACACGUUCAACCCAGACCGGUGGAUCCCCGGUGACGAGGAUGAUGCAAGGACUGCCCAGAAGCAGAAACGGCAGAACGCCAACCUGAGGCCGUUCGGCGGGGGCAGUGGCAUCUGCUCUGGGCGGUUCGUGGCCGAGCAGGAGGCCCUCCUUGCUGCUGCAACACUGCUGACGCAGUGCGAUUUCCACGUGGAGGCCGGCCAGACCUUCCAGCUGAAUCCGCGGUCCUUGGGGAUCAUGUCUCCACUGCGUGAUAUUCGGGUGCGAUUGACGCGAAGACCUGCUUGA